UUGCCGUAGCGUCACUUGCUUGUUCUCAACCGAGCUAAGGCCGUCGGCGACUUGCAAAAUUUCAGGCACUUCGUAUUUUCAUCCGUUUCCAUCCAUCUACCAUGGCCAUCUCCAAACCAGAAUUAGCCUGCGUCUACUCCGCGCUCAUCUUGGCCGACGACGACAUCGAUGUCACGGGAGAGAAAAUCCAAACCAUCCUCAAGGCUGCCAAUGUUGAAGUUGAACCUUACUGGCCUGGUUUAUUCGCUAAGGCUUUAGAAACCGCCAAUGUCAAGGACUUAAUUACCAACAUUGGAGCAGCUGUAGGUGCUGCGCCUGCUGCUGGUGCUGCAGCUGCUGCCCCAGCUGAUGAAGCCAAGGUAGAAAAGAAAGAAGAAAAGAAGAAGGAAGAGGAAAGUGAAGAAGAAGAUGACGACAUGGGCUUUGGUCUAUUUGAAUAAGAAUCUACUUCGACUGAUUGUUUCCUCUUGUACGAUGUACAAAUAACAAUAUUUUGUUUUAUUUUGUAAUACAACUAUGCAAAUUAAACUA